AUGAAUCGAACGGCUAUUUUAUUGAUAUUUUGUAAUAUGUUGAUACCAUGCAUCGCAUUCUCUGCUUCGUCAGUGAUUCGAAUAAAUGGUAGAUCGCUCGAUACAUCUGCUGCUCUAAGACAAGCAGUAAACAUAUUAAAUGUAGCAGAACCUGCAAAUUGGGCUAAUUAUAUGGAUCCAGUAUCAACAACUGGAUCAGUUGGUCAGGCUAAUGUUGGAACUGGAACACUUGCUACUGCUAUGGCUAGUUGGUCAAUUCCAGAUCAAUUUCGUGAAAAAGCUGUUCAAAGUGUCAAUUUAUUAGUGAUUGCUGCAACAGAAGGAUCUUAUACAGCUCAAGCAUUUGUAUUUGAUACUCAAACUGGUGCUUCAUUAUCAACGUUAUUAGUUGUUACACAGAAACUUGAUUCUCCAAGUGAUCCAAAUUCGCCAGUUUCAGUUUCUUAUGUAACGAUUAAUUCAAAUGCAGCUAUCAAACAACAAUACACGUCUUAUACUGUACGGGACUGUCAUACAUGUCCAAAAUGUUUAUGGACAAGUGAUUGUUGUUGUCACGAUGAAACGAAAACUUCACCACGUGGUAUUACACCAGAUGAAUUGAAUAUUAUCAAUCAAAAAAUGAAAGCCGAUCAAUUUGCUUGGUUUAAUCAACAAACAUUGAAUAAAGCAAUUAAAAAACGUGAUUUAUUUCAAUAUAAUUCUAAUAAUCAGAUUAUAUCUUUGACUGAAGCUAUUGAUAAAUUUCUCUCAAGUAAUGUUGUCAAAGCUGAAAUAUUAACAUCAUAUAAUGAUUCAAUUCUGUCAACAUUACAAUCUCAUAUUACAUCAUUAAAAUUAUCAAGUCAAUCAUUAAAAAUGACGAAAUUAGCAAGUCAAAAUCUUCGUUUAGUUCUAUCAACAUUGGCAAAAGAUUAUGAAUUUGAAGAUCUCUAUGACAAUGCAUUAUUUAUGGAACAAUUAAAAACAGGAAGAUUCUCAUAUGAAAAUUUGUUUACUAGUUCAACUGAUGUCUAUAACCCGAGUGUAGCUAUUAAAUAUGUUUGGUUAAUUGGUCAAACUGUUGAUAAUUCAACAUAUUCAAUUAAUUUUCUUUUUAUAAACAUUACUUCUCAACAAUUAAUUAAUAGACUAUUAUCAAAUAAUACAAAUGCUAAUGAAUCUGAUUAUACUGUUGAUUAUAAUAAAAAGCUAAAAGUUGUACGUACUUCAAUAUUAAAUGAUUAUGGUGAAUUUUUAAAUGAAGAUCUUUUAACACUGAUUACACCAUGGCAAUUAAAAACAACGAAAAUUGCAUUAAAUAUUUUACGUUUUGUUGCUGCUAGUACAAUUAUUCCGCAAAAAAAUCGAAUGUUAUCAUAUUUUAAUCCUAAAACAAUCUCACCAUCAGAACUGAAUGACAACAAUAUUUAUGCUUCUCAACCGCGAGUUCUUUCAGAGAAAAUUUUGGCUUUAUCCAAGGCCGUUUCAGCUGCUGCCAAUGCUUGGAAAGAUGUUGUAACUGCAUUCAAAUCAAGUAGUUCUACUACAAUUACACGUAUUGUACGAUUUGGUUUUACUUAUUUUUCUCAGAAAUCAACAGUUUUAAAAGCAAUUGAUAUACCAGCUGAUAAAGCAACAGAUUUUAUAAAUGCAGUUAUUAUCGAUUAUAAUUUACCAUCAAAAGGUAGUUUUAUGCUUGGUUUAACAUAUUCAGAUGAUUUUGCUUGGGAUCGUAUUGAUUAUCUUUAUUCGCCAUCAAAUAAUGGAAAUUAUCGUUCUUUAACAUUGUUCAAAAAUGGUGAUAGUUUAACCAAUACUGCUUCAUUUUUCAUUGUUGAUAUCAAUGCUGAUUGGCAAUUAGCACCUGAUUUAUUAUUAAUACAAACAUCAAAAAGUUAUCUAGGUGGUCUUUGGGAAAGUAACAAACAAUCUAUACAAGAAGUACCACAUGUUUUAACUCUGGAUGAAGCUGUCAAACUACAACAAUUCUUUAUGCUUGUGGCUAUGGGCAAUUUAGCUUCUACAAUAGGUGCUAAUGUCACUCUACCACAAUUGGAUUAA